AUGCCAGGCGCAGAAUUCAUCUUGACUUUAUCAUGCCCAGACAAGCCGGGUGUCGUACACGCUGUUAGUCAUUGGCUCACCGAACAAAACCUCAACAUUGUUGACUCACAACAAUAUGGCGACUGCACACAAAAAAGAUUCUUCAUGAGAGUACACUUUCAACAAAUCGAUGCAUCAAUUCCUACAAACGUCGUACCCCUAGAACAUUCAUUUUCCUCAGUCGCCAAAACCAUGGAUAUGGAGUUCCAACUCACCUCUACCACGCACAAAACCAGAGUUCUUAUUAUGGUUUCAAAAAUCGGCCAUUGUCUCAGUAACAUCCUUUGCCGCACAUCCUCAAAUAAACUUAAGAUCGAGAUUCCACUGAUAAUCUCAAAUCACGAAGAUUUCAGACCCAUUGCUGAAUCUUACGGUAUUCCAUUUUAUCAUCUCCCCAUCACAGCAGCGACGAAGACAGAGCAGGAAGCCAAAAUCCUUGCUUUAGUCAAGGAACACAACAUUGAACUCAUCGUUCUCGCAAGAUACAUGCAAAUUCUCUCCGAAGAGCUCUGUGCUACCAUGUCGGGGAAGAUUAUCAACAUUCAUCACAGCUUUUUACCAGCUUUCAAAGGUGCCAAACCAUAUCACCAGGCAUAUGAUCGUGGUGUCAAGCUUGUUGGCGCAACCGCUCAUUUCGUGACGAGCGAUUUGGACGAGGGUCCAAUUAUUGAGCAGAAUGUUACGAGGGUUGGUCAUCAGUUGGGCCCGGCAGAGUUGACUAAUGAGGGGGCCAAUGUGGAGAGUACAGUUCUUGUUACGGCAUUGAAAUGGGUUACGGAGAAGAAGGUUUUGAUGAACGGGACGAAGACUGUUGUCUUCAACUAA